UUACGUAGCUGCUGCUGUUUCCAGUGUGGAGCUCUCUCCCGGCACGGCCCGUCCUCAGCGUGCGGAGGUGCACCACACCCGUGGGUGCCCGCUGGAGAGGGUCCCCAGCAGGUUUUUGGCCACCCACCCUGCACCGGAGACCCCCGACGACGCGCAGCAGCAGGAGCGACGUUCCCAGGGCAGAGGCAGCCGGGGCCACCCUGGGACUUGGCCCCACAGCAGCAGGGCACCCAGCCCAGCAGCAUGGCGGGGGCCACGUGGGACCCCCCCCGGGGCAGCAGGAAGAGCAGGGAACCCCCACAUCCCGCUGGCCGGUCCCCUUGUUGAUGGUUGGCACGUGGAGGAUGAGGCCCUGGGCUGUCCCGUGGAUGAUGCUCUGGCUCUUCUGCCUCCUGUCCUCUGCCAGGGCCCAGACGAAGAUCCCACUGGAGACGGUGAAGUCUUGGGCAGAUGCCUUCGGUGGGGAGCUGUACUCCAUUGUGACUAAGUAUUCAGGCUCUCUCCUGUUGCAGAAGAAGUACAAAGAUGUGGAGCCAACUCUGAAGAUCAAAGAGGUGGAUGGCUUGGAGCUGGUGAAGAAGUUCUCGGAGCAGAUGGAAAGCAUGCUCCUCAGGAAGGUCGAAGCUGUUGAGAGGUUGGUGGAAGCAGCAGAAGAUGCAGAUCUGAACCAUGAGUACAACUCCUCACUGGAGUUUGAUUACUACAACUCUCUCCUGAUUAAUGAGAAGGAUGAAAAUGACAAUUAUGUGGAGCUUGGAGAUGAAUUCAUUUUAGAGCCAAAUGAGCAUUUCAAUAACCUGCUGGUGAACACAACAUACAGUAAUAUCCAGCUCCCCACCAAUGUCUACAACAAAGACCCUGACAUCCUGAAUGGCGUUUACAUGUCAGAAGCCUUGAAUCCUAUUUUUGUGGACAACUUCGAAAGGGAUCCCACGCUGACCUGGCAGUACUUUGGCAGCUCCACUGGAUUCUUCAGGCUCUACCCAGGAAUAAAGUGGUUACCAGAUGAGAAUGGAGUCGUCUCCUUUGACUGUAGGAAUCGUGGCUGGUACAUCCAAGCAGCCACCUCCCCCAAGGACAUUGUCAUCAUUGUGGAUGUCAGUGGGAGCAUGAAGGGCCUGCGGAUGACCAUUGCCAAACACACCAUUGACACCAUUUUAGAUACUCUGGGAGAAAAUGACUUCGUCAACAUCAUUGCAUACAAUGAUUAUGUUCAUUUUAUCGAGCCCUGUUUUAAGGGUAUCCUGGUCCAAGCAGACAGAGAUAACAGAGAGCACUUCAAGCAGCUGGUGGAUGAACUGCAGGCAAAAGGAGUGGGGACUGUGAACAAGGCUUUGGCAGAGUCCUUCAAAAUCCUAAGGGAGUUCAGAGAUGCUGGUCAAGGAGGCUUAUGUAAUCAAGCUAUCAUGCUGAUCACAGACGGAGCAGUGGAAGAUUAUGAAGCUGUGUUUGAAAAAUACAACUGGCCAGAUCGGAAGGUCCGGGUUUUCACUUACCUCAUUGGACGGGAGGUCACUUUUGCCCCCAACGUGAAAUGGAUCGCCUGCAACAACAAAGGCUACUACACUCAGAUCUCCACACUGGCGGACGUUCAGGAGAAUGUGAUGGAAUACCUGCAUGUGCUCAGCCGUCCCAUGGUCAUCAACCAUGACCAUGACAUUAUUUGGACUGAAGCCUACAUGGACAGUGCGCUCUUUGCAUCUCAGGCUCAAAGUCUGUUGCUCAUGACAACAGUGGCUAUGCCAGUCUUCAGCAAAAAGAACGAAACGAGAUCUCAUGGCAUUCUCCUGGGUGUGGUGGGCUCUGAUGUACCACUGAGGGAGUUGUUAAAACUUGCUCCACGGUAUAAGCUGGGUGUCCAUGGGUAUGCCUUUCUGAACACCAACAAUGGCUACAUUCUUUCACACCCAGACCUCCGUCCUUUGUAUAAAGAAGGAAAGAAACUGAAGCCUAAGCCAAACUACAAUAGCGUAGAUCUCUCUGAAGUGGAAUGGGAAGACCAGGAUGAAAUACUGAGAACUGCCAUGAUCAAUGGGGAAACGGGCUACCUCUCUAUGGAUGUGAAAGUCCCUAUGGAUAAAGGGAAACGAGUUCUCUUCCUCACCAAUGAUUAUUUCUUCACGGACAUCAGUGGCACACCCUUCAGCCUGGGUGUUGUGCUGUCCAGGGGACACGGGGAGUACAUUCUGCUGGGGAACACUUCAGUGGAAGAAGGUUUGCACGACCUGCUCCAGCCAGACUUGUUUUUAGCGAAUGAAUGGAUUUACUGCAUCACCGACAUCGAUCCGGACCACCGGAAGCUCAGCCAGCUGGAGGCUGUGAUCCGUUUCCUCACCGGAGAGGAACCUGACCUGGAAUGUGAUGAGGAGUUGGUCCAGGAAUUGCUGUUUGAUGCAGUGGUUACCGCACCCAUGGAGGCCUAUUGGACAACACUAGCCCUCAAUAUGUCCUUGGAAACUGAGGCAGGUGUUGAGAUGGCGUUUCUGGGCACUCGCGCUGGACUCAUAAGGAAUGUCCUAUACGUGGGCUCUGAGAAAAUUUCCAACAGGAAAUUCCUGACACAGAAGGACAAGGAAAGUAUCUUCACCAUGGACCACUUCCCUCUGUGGUACCGCCGGGCAGCCGAGCAUCCCCCCGGGAGCUUCAUCUACAGCAUCGUCUCAGACGAUGAUUCAGAGGGAGGUGGCUUACCAAAAGUGGUGACAGUGAGCACAGCUGUGGCUGUGGCUGUGGAUGGAAAGAUGGGUAUUGCUGCAGCGGUGGGUGUGCAAAUUAAGCUGGAGUUGCUCCAACACAAGUUUUGGAUGGCCACGCAACAGCCCAAUGACAGUGAUUGCAGUGCCUUGGACGGUGCCUGUCCGCUAAGCUGUCAGGAUGAUAUUCUGAAUUGCUUCCUCAUUGAUAACAACGGCUUUAUACUAAUUUCCAAAAGACCUGCAGAGAUUGGAAAAUUUUUUGGUGCAGUGGAUGGCUCAGUAAUGACCCAGCUGCUAAACAUGGGCAUGUUCAGGCGGGUGACCAUGUAUGAUUAUCAAGCAAUGUGCAAACCACCCUACCACCACCACAGCGGUGCCCGGCCUCUGCUCAGUCCAAUUUAUGCCUUUCUAGCUGCAGUGAAAUGGCUGAUAAGUGAUUUCCUCAUCUUCCUUUUGGAGUUUAACAUGAGUAGCUUCUGGCACUCAGACAACUUGGCAGAUGCCAAGGCUGUCUUCCAUCACUCUCACAAGCACAAGAAGCACGACACCUUGCAGCCCUGCGACACCGAGUACCCCGUUUUCGUGUACGAGCCGGCCAUCAAGGAGACCAAUGGGCUGAUCGAGUGUGGAGAUUGCCAAAAGAUGUUUGUGGCGCAGCAGAUCGCCAGCAGUAACCUGCUGCUCCUCGUCACGGACGCUGCCUGCGACUGCAGCUUCUUCCCACCAGUCCUGUUGGAGGUGAAAGAGGUCAAAUAUAACGCUUCGGUGAAGUGCGAACGGAUGCGGUCCCAGAAGCUGAGGCGGCGGCCGGACGCGUGCCACGCGUUUCACCCCGAGGAAAAUGCCCAAGACUGCGGCGGCACUGCCGAGGUCACCCUCUCGCCGCCGCUGCUCCUCCUGCCCCUGGCGCUGCUCCUGCAGGGACGCUGCCUGCAACGCGCCUGACGCCUCAGAGACCCGGGAGGACGGGGCUGCCGCUGGCCGGGGCGGCAGGAGGGGAGGAGAUGGGGGCACGGGCCCUUCUGCGACACCCGCUGCCGCUCCCCGGGGGAGACAAGGCGUUAAUGACGUGGUGCAGCACCUCCUGCCCCACAAAGGUCCGGCGCGGUACCGACAGUGGAAGCUGCUCCUUCCUCAGAAGGUCGGGGCGAAAGGCCUGUGCGAGAACUCAACGGGGGUUUUUCCCGGCCUGCUACUUACCGAGCUGCUCCUCCCGGCCACCAGCUCACCGCCGGGGUGGCCGAGGUCGUUGGCGUGGCUGGCAUUUCACCAUCACCCUGCCACCCACGGAGCCACGGUGGGGUAGAUGGCCCCAGGAGGCGGAGGGCUCGGUGGGGCAGAUCUGGCCUCAGGAGAGCAGAAGGGGCAGGGGACGCUGCUUGUCCCUCAGCGGGAGCCGCCGGGAUUUGGAACACCCAGGUCUGGAGCAGCCCAGGCACAGCCUUGCCAGAACAGGGCCCUUAGUGGUUCCCAGCAGGAAGGCAGCAUCUCCUGGUCCUGGAGGUGGUCCUCAACCGGGACCCCAGGGGCAGGACACGGUGCCUAACCUGAACAGCAUUAACUUAACACGCAACCAGACGACGGGAAGUAGCACGGCUUGACUAGUUACCUGCAGCUAGACCAGCUCUGCCGAGGAGACCCUUCUUACUACUGCUAGCACAGCAUCCAGAUUCUUGUCUCGCUGUGGACUUGCCUCCAGGCAGGGGUUAUGUACGACCCACCAAAAGUGGGGGUACGUUUCCCGCCGCCUGCUAGCUUGCCAGCAGAAGCAGCUAAGAAAUGGGCACUUUGCCCCUCAGAGCAGCGCUGCCCUUGGCUGCCCCUGCCCUGAGCCUGGCGCUCCCAGCUAGUGGUGGGCACGGGCCGUUUCUCACAGAGCUUUACAGACAAUGGGUGGGGGAGCACCUAUUUUUCCUUUUUUUUUUUUUUUUUUUUUUAUGAACUGCUCCAUAACAUCUCGUUAAAAGCAAAUAUACGGCAUAUUUUAACUAGAUACUUUAGCCUCGGCAUGUCAUGUUUGGUGCUAAUCGCAGCCCUGCACUACAUCGCAGAACCCCCCCCUCUCCCCGGUGACCCCACGGGGAGGGGGUGCAGCGGCCCGGCCAUCGGAGAUGUGCCAGGAACACACGGGGAGGCCCAGAAGCGCUGCUGGUCACUGCGCCGCUGCGUUUGCCGGAGGGAAGGGAAGAAGAGCCUCUGGCCGUGCAGCACGCGCUGUGGCCCAGCCCGCUGUACCCCACAGCUCUGUCACCUCUGAGGCGGGGGGGUCCCGGCGCAGGCGGGGUGUGUGCCGGGGGUAGGGAUGCCACGGCCCAUGGCUACAGGUGGAAAGGGGGUCUCGCCCUGAGCACUGCCCUGUCCCCCCGCCCCCAGGCGCCUCACCGAGCCCACCCAGCCACCAUCCUCACACAGAGGCAGGAGCCCUCAAACACCCUCCAGGGUCAGUACGGAUGCUGCUCCUUUUGCCACCAGCAUCACCCGCCGCUGAGGGGACAGUACCGGUCACACCCAGGUCCUGGCGGGGGUAUUUCAGGAUGGUACAGCUCCUGCUGUGAUGGGCUUUGCCUUGCUGGAGGCAGUGUUCCAGCAGAGAGGAGAGGAACGACUGUGGUACUGAAAGUAAAUCUGGUUUUCAGAUGCAGUGACCUUAUCAGAAGCAGCUGAGGAAGAUGAAAGCAGCGCGGAGGGAGAAGGGGCUGCUGUCAAAGCUGAGAAGUCAGGAGCUGCUCGCGGGUGGAGGAACCACACACUCAGGGCAUCCCCCGCCGGCCGGCACAGCUUCCCCAGCUCCUUGGUGCCUGCCCUCCUGGGGCACCACUCUCAGGGGUGACCUCCCUGUCAGAAAGGAUUAGCAGUCCCAUCUCCACUCAGCCUAAAGAUACGUACAUAAAUAGACAUUGCCCUGCUGCACAUGAACCAUGAUUGAUUUCGGGUGCGUUAAUCCACAAUAAACAUGG